AUGACGGUCGAGUACAUCGAAUCGCUGCGAACCUCCAAAAGAGCCACGUCAUCUCCGCCAGCGGCUCCUCUUGCUCCUCUUCCGCCGAGCGCCAAAGCGCCGACGGCCCCAGUGGCUCCGCCGCCGCCCACGCAGCAAGUAGUCCAUUUCCAAGUGAAUCCGAUGCUCCAACAGUACAUGGCCUACCAGCAAUUGGCGCAAAUCUCAAUGUACUCGCAAAUGUGUGUUCCGAGAGCCGCGCCGAACCACGGAAACGGGAAAGGAAAGGCUGCUGCGGCUCGUGGUGGGCAGUGA